AUGGCGGAUCACAAGAAGCAUGAGAGCUCUGGCUCAAUGAGUUCAAUGUUGGACAAGCUCAAGUUAAGCGAUGGCUUACACGAUGCAAAAGUUCAUCUCGUCCACCAAAAGCACAAAAUUGGUAAAUUGGCAAAUCUGUUCAAUAAAAACCACAGACACGACGAAGAACACGAGCAGCGAUGUGACAACAAGCGAACUUCCAUUGCCGAGCAGAACCGCUUCAAAUCUUACUUCCCAAUGCGCGCUGGCAACCAUGUCAAGUGGUAUGUAGAUGGCCGAGAUUACUUCUGGGCUGUGUCCAUUGCUCUGGAGCAAGCCAAAGAAUCCAUCUAUAUCGCCGACUGGUGGCUGUCACCAGAGUUAUUCCUCCGCCGACCCCCAUACGCCGCGCAAGAGUAUAGACUGGACAAAUUGAUCAAGAGAAAGGCAGAAGAAGGUGUCCAGAUCUAUGUUUGUGUCUAUAAGGAAGUUGAGCAGGCCUUGACUUGCAACUCAGCUCAUACCAAGCAUGCGCUGAGGAGACUUUGCCCCAAGGGCUCUCCUGGUCAUGGAAAUAUUCAUGUCGGUCGUCACCCCGAUCACAAUGUCUUUGAAAACUUUGGCGAUAUGACAUGGUACUGGGCACAUCACGAGAAGUUCAUUGUCAUCGACUACGAAAUCGCAUUCGUCGGAGGCCUAGAUCUAUGCUUCGGACGAUGGGAUAACCACCAGCACCCUCUGUCGGAUAUUCAUCCCACCAACGUUCAGGAUGAAAUCUGGCCAGGACAAGACUUUAAUAACAACAGGGUUAUGGACUUCCAGAAUGUGUCUUCCUGGCAAGAUAACGAGUUAAGCAAAGCAGAUUACGGUCGUAUGCCGUGGCACGAUGUCGCGAUGUGUAUCCAAGGCCCGACGGUGUAUGAUGUAGCCGAACACUUCAUUCUUCGAUGGAACUUCGUAAAGCGCGAUAAAUAUAAAAGAGACGAGAGAUUCGACUGGUUGGUGUUGGAGAAUAGGGAGAAUGAAGAUGAGGACCUAAUUGGCGUACAACGACCGAAACACCCCGUUGGAGAAUACGUCAAGCAUCCGUAUACUCCUCUAAGCACUAAAAACCUUGAAAAUAGAGGCACAGUCAACUGCCAGCUCGUCCGAUCAAGCGCCGACUGGAGUAGCGGUAUCUUGACCGACCACUCCAUUCAGAACGCGUAUAUUGAGAUCAUCUCCAAGGCUCAGCACUACGUCUACAUCGAGAAUCAGUUCUUUAUCACUGCCACAGGCGAUCAACAGGCUCCGAUCAAGAACACUAUUGGUCGCGCGAUUGUCGAUGCCGUUGUGAAGGCCGCAAAAGAGGGUCGCAAAUUCCGCGUCAUCGUGCUUAUUCCUGCUAUUCCUGGAUUUGCUGGAGAUCUCAGAGAGCAAGCUGCUACAGGCACGCGAGCUAUUAUGGAUUACCAGUACAAGUCCAUUUGCCGGGGUGAGCACUCUAUCUUCGGACAAUGCCGCGCUGAGGACGUAGACCCCGAGAAGUACAUUUUCUUCUUCAACUUGCGAUCUUAUGAUCGUCUUAACAAGACUCCUGCUAUCAUCAAGGCUGAGAAGGAGACUGGUAUCAGCUACCAACAGGUGCAGCGUGCAGAAGCUGAGGAGAUUAUGGGUGAAGGCAUUCACGGCUCAUAUGACCCUGAGGACAGUGAGGGCGAUGAACACAUGCGUGGCGAUAAAAAGCAGAAGGACCUUGAUGAAGAUAUCAAGAAAACUAUGGAAGCACGAAAGAAGUUUGAGGCUGCCAUGCCGAAGGAAGAAGUUCACACAACUUCCUCUGUUGCGCACCAUGCUAUGGCUGGUACUGGCGAAGGCCUCAAGGGCGAGUCUUGGUUUGAGGGGGAUCCCGAGUCAGAGAUUAAGAACUGGGUCCAGGAGGAGCUUUACAUCCAUGGCAAGCUGCUGCUGGUCGAUGACAGAAUUGCCAUCUGCGGAAGCAGUAACCUCAACGAUCGAAGUCAACUGGGUGACCACGACAGUGAGCUUAGUGUCGUCAUGGAGGACACGCGUCUCAUCCCUAGUACUAUGGAUGGAAAGCCCUUCGAAGCAGGUUAUCAUGCAGCAACCCUCCGUCGAUACCUUUGGCGUGAGCACAUGGGUCUCUUGCCCCCUCAGCCCCACGAUGCUUCGCAGGAUAUCAACGCCAUGCCUCCGACCGUCAACCCCAACAACGAUAUCUACGACCAAGAUGAGAGCUACAAGUUUGUUGAAGAUCCUCUCAGCGACGAACUCUGGGAGAAGUGGACAAGCCAGGCAGACAAGAACACCGAGUUAUUCCGCCACUUAUUCCACGCUGAUCCAGAUGACCAUAUCAGGACUUUCGACGAUUAUGAUCGAUACCUUCCUCCGCGCGGCGUCAAAGCUGGUCAUAUCUUUGAUCAGUUCAUGCCUCCCGAAGACGCCAGAGAGAAGCUGUCACAGAUCAAGGGUCACUUGGUUUGGUUCCCCUUGCGCUUCCUUGAAGAUGCUGAGAUGGCGGAAUGGGGAUUGCAGGUCAAUUCUGUGACCGAGUCUAUUUACACGUAA